AUGACUCAAGGAAGAAUCCUCCUUACCGGCGUCACAGGCUACAUCGGGGGCAGUGUGCUUCAUCAAUUGCUUCUCAGCAAACAUCCAGCAAUCAAAGACGCUGAGAUCGCGUGUCUAGUUCGGGAUCAGGAAACAGUUGCGCAGCUUCACGCUGCCUUCGGUCACAGGCUCAAGGUUGUGGGCUUCGAAGGCUUGGAAGACGCUGAGCGCCUUGUUGAGAUAGCAAGUCAAUACAAUGUCAUCUUCAACAUGACGCUGAGCUAUCAUCUCGCCAGCGCGUUAGCCUUCAUCAAGGGCCUUUCCUCACGCCGGGAGUCCACUGGCAGAAACGUUUGGAUGGUCCACACUUCGGGUGUCUCGAACCUUGCUGAUCAACCGCUUUCGGGACUUCACGUUGAGUCCAAUCCGGAUCUUGAAUUCGACAACUCGAAGGACGACAUCUACGUUUAUGGGAAGGCGCGCAACAGUAAAAAGAGGUACAUUCAGCGAACGACUGACUUAGGCAUGAUUGACGCUGGGCUCGAGUCAGGGGUAACGACUGUCGUCCUCAUGUCUCCCUUGAUCUACGGGAACAAGCGUAGUCUGCAAGUGACUCGAUUGGUCCAAGCGGCGAUUUCUGAAGGACAAGCCAUCGUUGUUGGUGACGGCAAGGGCGUUUGGGAUAAUGUUCAUAUCGAGGACCAGGCAGAACUAUACGAGCUGAUACUUAAACCGAUUUUGUCAAAGGAUGGCGCUUCUCUUCCAACGGGCAAGCAAGGCAUAGUUUUUAGCGCACAUCGGCGUCACAUGUGGUUAGAGGUGUCGCAGGCAGUUACAGAUGCUGCAUCGAAGGCAGAAUAG